AAAAGAUCGAAAGCCCCCCCAAAAUUAUCAAACAUUUUUCAUGGUAUAUAAUAUUAAAAUAGGUACUUAUUUUACAACGAUUGACAAAAUCUUGGAACUUCACAAAAUAUUUUUUUUUCCCGAAAUGUUGUCAAAAUAAAUGUCAAUAUAAUAAUUAUUAUUAUACCAUAUUAUACCUCGUAAUCGUCAUCGGUGCGCACCGGCUGACCGUCGCGACGGAUUGUUAUCGCAUUUAUCGCAAUGACAAAAAUAGAAAUUUCCAAUAAUCACAGUCUGAUAAACAUUAUUAAUGUGCCGAAUGCCGAUUGCUGUUUCGACCGUUUCGUUUAUCGUGUUGCGUCUUGCGUUGUUUACUGUUGUUGUAAAUCGUAAUUUCGGUCGAAUACUCGAAUACUUUAUUAAUUAUUUAUUAAAAUGUCGAAUUAUUUUGAAUUAUUUAAUAUUAAAAAAAAACCUAAAGAAACUGUAAAAUCUGAAAACGUGUUGCCGACGGAAAUUCCUGAAAAAACUACAGUACACUCCGACGGCGACUCGUCAUCGAAUAUUGAUUUUGAUUCUCCGCGGCUUCAUAUUAGUGAAAUAAAUGAUUUGGGUAAUAUUAACUCUGGUCCAUCACGUCCAAUUAUGAAGUCUUAUCCAAUGACAAAAUUUGGUCAACAAAACCGUAGUUUUAAUGCAUCAUAUUACGACUGCUUUGAAUGGCUUGAAUAUAGUAUCAUCAAUGACGCUUUGUACUGUUUUGCUUGUCGUAUUUAUGGUUCUGGGAACAAUACCGAAGAUACAUUUACCAAAAUUGGUUUUAAAAAAUGGAAUAAAGUAAACAUUUUAAUAAUUNUAUUUCUAAAAGUGUGUUUCCCAACUUAUACAAGCUUCUACAGGUAG